AUGUGUAGUGAGCGGUCUAGUCAAAUUAAUGAUCGAGUUAGUCUAGCAAGUGAUUGGGUUAGCCUAACAAGUGAUCAGGUUAAUUUGAUAAGUGAUCAGAUUAGUCCAAUAAGUAAUCAG